GCCGGCGGCAGCGCCCGGCCCCGGGGCAGGUGCCACGGGAAGGGGAGGGCCUGUGGGCGCGGCGGGGUGGCCCGGCGCGACGUCCCCGGUCGAGCGGAGGAGGCAGCGCCAUGGCCCCGCGCGGGCGCUGCCGGUGGGCGCUGCUGCUGCUGGCCUGGCUGCCGGCCGGUUGCCUCUCCCUCCUGGUGACAGUGCAGGAUGUUGAGCGUUACACCACCUUAUUUGCCACUGUUGUCCUCAAGUGUGACUACAGCACCUCAGCACAGCUGCAGGAUGUGGUGGUGACCUGGCGCUUCAAAUCCUUCUGCAAGGACCCCAUCUUUGACUACUACUCAGUCUCAUACCAGGCUGGUUUAGCUCUUGGCCAGGACCCAUCUGAUGACUGCAAUGACAGCCAGCGAAGGGUGCGCAUUGUCAUCCAGAAAUAUGGGCAGAAGGAGCCUGUGCUGGGUAUUGACUACCAGCAACGAAAGAUCACCAUUCAGAACCGGGCAGACCUUGUCAUUAGUGAGGUCAUGUGGUGGGACCAUGGUGUGUACUACUGCACUGUGGAAGCACCAGGAGAUACCUCAGGUGAUGCAGACAAAGAAGUUAAGCUGAUUGUUCUCCACUGGCUCACAGUACUCCUCAUCAUUCUUGGUGGCCUCCUCCUCCUCCUGCUGAUUGGAGUAUGCUGGUGCCAGUGCUGCCCCCAGUACUGCUGCUGCUACAUCCCAUGUGUCUGCUGCCCAACCCGGUGCUGCUGUAAUGAGGAAGUACUGGAACGGCAUCGGUUCAUGAAGCAGGCUCAGGCACUUGCACCUUGGCUGUCACCCAACAUGUUUCACAGAGGUGGCGACAGGAACUCACAACUUUCCUCUUACCAGCUGAACCCUCUACUGCAACAAGAUGUGUCUCUGCACAACAGUCUUCCACUGGUGCAGCCACAAGCCCAGCUUUUCCCUAACAAGGGUGUUUUGGACUACCUGGAGUCUGAAAUCCAAAACCUUAACAUGUCACAGCUCCGGCCACCCUCCCACCAGCGGCAGUCUGUGCAGCCCAGCUUGCUGUCCUCCCUGGGAUCUGAGAUCAUGCCACCUCCUCUCACUGAUCAUGUCUCCUCCAUCCAUGGGAGCAGCAACUCCUCACAGCUGCAGAGAGCUGCCCGCAACCCCAGACUCUGGGACUCUGCAGCAGAGGACAGGCGGGAAAACCGGAGGUGUCCCUUGCCUUCCAGUGGGGAUUCUCAUUCCAGCUACAGUCGGGAGCCCUGGGACAGGCAGCAAGAGGACCGUCCUCAGAGGCAGAGGACAGGUGACUACAAUGGCAGGCCCCAGCACUCCAGACGGGAUGUGUCACCCCCACGCCAGGCUGAGAGGGGCAAGAGCAGGAGCAGCAGCUGCGGUUUCUAUCCAGAGGAGGCCAAGGAGCGCUCCAGCUCCCCUUGUGGCUGGAGACAGGAGCCUGCAGCGAGGCGAGACUACCAGCACCACACCGGGAGGAGCAAUAGCCCAGGUCAGCAGUGGCACAGCCACAGUGGUGCAGCCACUUCUCGCAGGGGGUCAUGGAGCUCCUCAGAAGAGCGAGUCCGUCCCCCAGCGAAUAACCGCAGGCGGCGGCACCGGUCUCGGGAAUGGCCAGAAGAUAAACCCCCCAGUUACCGUUCAUUAGAAGUCAUCCCAGGUGGGGACAAGAAGCACAAAGGCAGCGCAGGGCCACGUUCGGACAGAACAAGUUCCCACAGUGGAAGAAGCAUAGUCAUUUAAUGCCAGUACUGAAAGAACUAAGAUUCCCACCGGACCCCUCUUAGCUUUUCUACUGUGUAGGUUGGGCUGCUUCUGAUUGAACAGACAACCAGCAAAAAAACCAGAUGAAGCAGCUUCCUUCCCCUUAGACUUACAACUCUGAAGAAUCUAUGUUUAGUGCCCAUGAAAGCAAUUCAUAAGCCAUUUUUAUUCUUGCUGUGGUUUGGAAACUUAGGUUUGCAGUGAGCUGUGGUCCAUUGAAAACAUUCUAUUGGAAACAUCAGAUUUUUUUUUCUGUAAAUUGUAUAUUCCCAAGCUUUAAAGAGAGAUACCAGUUGUUUUUGUUAGAUGCCCUGGCACUGCAAGGAUCCCAGUCUGUAGAACGCUGGUCCUUUGCACAACAGUUACUGGAGAAGGGCUCCAAUGAUCACAGAGUUGUAAAGUCACAGGACAGUAGAAUAAUUUAGGUUGGAAGAAGCCUCUGGAGGUCAUCUGAUCCAAUCCCUUGGGAGUCUGGUAUAGGGAGGCACAGCAUCUCCUUGGCCCUCAUAAGGCCCUCUGUUGUGCUUCACAAUGUGUAAUGUUUGGUGCUUCUGUGUGGUUGCUCAGCAUAGUUGGGGGAGUUGCUUCCCUUUGUCCCCGGUAAGCCUCUCUCCCAAACAGAAGGAUCACAGUGCUGGAAGGAUGUUUGACUGCCUUAGUAAGGGCUCACUAGCACGUCUGCAAAUUGCCAGCUUAUCUGCCCUGUGCUUACUGAAACAACCUGCCUUACUUUAGGCUUAGAUCUUAGUGCCUUAAAAGAUAUUUGUUCUAGCCUUUAACCCAGACUUGAAUUUAUUUGUAAACUUCAAGGGCUAAAUUUACCAAGGUUUGGCCAUCCCUACGGAGACUGAGCAAGGUAUGACUACUUGCCCUCACACCAUGGAGCAGAAUUUCUUUCAACUCUGGGAAGCAUGACUUUGGUGGAUAUAUCUUUCCUAAGCCACGUACUCUUUUCCACGCAGAAUUUUAUAUUCUCCUUUUUCUCUCUGUGCCAUGUAUCAUAUACAUGGGGUGGGAUAAAGGGCUCUGAAGAAGUCUAACAGUCACCAUUUUUACUAUUGUCCCUGAUAGAUGUUUAUACUGACUCUGCGUAUGUGGUGCAUCUGAUCUGUAGCUAGGUUGCAGGUUUUCUCAUCUCUUACUUUGCAGCUAGAACACAGAAUUUCUGUAUGCUCUGAGACCAGUUGCAAAGGAGAACAACUUGCCAUUUCUCCUUGAUGUGAUUCAUCCACUGUUUUCAUUUAAAAUGUGCUGGAAAAAGAGAGGUUCUCUGGGUGGUGGCUGCUUCCAUGGGAAGCUGGCUUGCCAAAGGCACUCCUUGGAUUUAAGAGACUCAACGGUUUGCAAGGAGCUUUUGGAACAUUUUGUGAAUUAUUUUGUAACCCAGAGGGACUAGAGAUUGACCAGUACAAAUGACUGUAUUACCUGGCUUAUUUCCAACCAGUGCCGCAUGGGACACUUGUUCUUUAAUGUCCCAGUUACUGAUGUGCUUGUGCUUG